UUGCCCUUCUGUUUCAAUCAGCCGCGUUUAAAACCCUAAUUUCAUUUCCUACUCUUCUCAAUCUGGACAUCGCUGCGCUCCGCUCUCUCAUCCAUCGCAAGAAUGAGUCGCUCUAGCAGAACUCUCUAUGUUGGCAACCUCCCCGGGGACGUUCGUGAGCGUGAAGUGGAGGAUAUUUUCUACAAGUAUGGACCAAUUGUGCAUAUUGAUCUUAAAAUUCCCCCAAGGCCUCCCGGCUAUGCUUUUGUUGAGUUUGAAGAGUCUCGUGAUGCUGAAGAUGCCAUACGAGGGCGUGAUGGCUACGAUUUCGAUGGGCAUCGCUUAAGGGUUGAGCUAGCACAUGGCGGGCGCGGAAACUCAUCAUCGACAGAUCGUCGUACUGAGAGUCGUGGUCCCCGUGGAGGAGUUUCUCGGCGCUCAGACUACAGAGUUUUAGUCACCAGCUUGCCUCAGUCUGCUUCAUGGCAAGAUCUUAAGGAUCAUAUGCGUCGAGCUGGAGAUGUCUGCUUCUCACAAGUUUUCCAUGAGGGUAGUGGAAAGACAGGGAUAGUAGACUACACAAAUUCUGAUGACAUGAAAUAUGCUAUCAAGAAGCUCGAUGGUUCUGAGUUUCGGAAUGCCUUCUCACGGGCUAGAGUACAUGUCAAGGAAUAUGAUUCCAGCCGCAGCCUCAGCCGCAGCCGCAGCCGCAGCCGUAGCCGCAGCCGCAGUCGCAGUCGCAGCCGCCCGCCUUACUCAAAAGGCAGGAACAAUGGUCGAAGCAAGAGCAAAAGUCCAAGUGUUGGCCGAAGCAGGAGCAGAAGCAAGUCGCCUAAAGGGAAAUCAUCACGCCGUUCAAGAUCUCGGUCAAGAUCUGUUUCUCGAUCUCUUUCUGGAUCAAAAGCGCACUCUUUGUCGAGAUUGGGAACAUGAAGAUCAUGGAUUACUUUGGUGAAGCUGGAUAUUGGACUAAUUGAAUAAGAGAACAACUUUUUGCUGUGGAAAUGUUUAAAAUAUCUCCAAUGGUGCUAAGCUAUCAACUCAUCCCAUCCGAGCAUUUAUUGAUUCUUUUGUUUCAUCUUGCCCAAUAUGGUGAUGGUCACUAUGAUGUGGAAGUGGAAACAAGGCUACUGGAUCAAAGUUUUAUAGAGGGACUAGUGGAUAUUAAAUUGGGUUGUUUCUGGACCUUUUGCAGAUCUCCUUCAAGAUCCAGAUCCCCGAAACCAG